UUAUCUGACCUCCUCCUACUUUUCGUAAUAUAUAGUAAUAAAACCUCCAAACUUAAAGAUCAAUAUUAGAUAACAAAGCUUGAAAACAAUUCAAUUUAAAUAUUUUUAGAUAUUGUGGAAGGAUUAUGAGAUACGAUGUCAAGCUAUUGGAAAGCUGUUGUGAUGUGUUUUUCAACUUUUACAGUAUUUUUCUUACAAAAUCUUUCAAGUAUAAGUCAAGUUUUAUUAGCCUUCAUUUUCCAACACGUGCUUAUGUUUAAAUCUCCUAUAGGUGAUACAACUGAUAGUGAUGAAUUAAAAAACUUUAAGAAUGGAACUAUUCGUGAAAAAAACCAAACACAUUGGGAUCGAAAAGCAACUUAUCCAUGGAUUGGAGAUCCCAAAUGCCAACAUUUUGUAAUUGAGUUGGCUGAAAGAGACAGUCUUGCCAAAUGGCCAUUGACGUCUUUUCCAGGCAGCGGAGUCACUUGGACCAGACAAUUAAUUGAAGGUGUAACAGGUAUUUACACUGGAUCUGUUUAUGACGGUGAUCCAUCACCAGUUUUGUCACCAGGACACGAAAAUGAUAACACCGACGACCCAUUGUGUGGUUGCACCAUCAUAGACAAAGACCAUGAAGCCACUAUUACAACUUUCGGGCUAGCGAGCUACUUUGAAUUACUCCAUCGUCAUGGGAACGCUGGGAUCGUAAACCAGCAAUACGACAGACGUGGUGUGUUAUUGUUGAGGAAUCCAAUGGAUGUGGUGUUUGCUUAUCAAAAUUGGGUACACGGCGGAAAAACAGGCAAAGCUCCACCAGAAGCUUUCAAGGGUAUAAAUUGGGAAGACGCAGUAGAAUAUGUUGCGUACGCGUGGGCAGAUCAUGCCAUUCGCUGGAUAGAGCAAAUUGAAAAUGGAACUGUGCUUUUUUAUGAAAAACUGAAAGGUGAAACAGCAGAAAUAGAGCUCGAGAGGGUUCUAAACGUAUUGGAUUUUCACCCAAUUGAUGCGAAUCGCAUGCGAUGCACUCUGGCUCAUCGAAAUCGAACAGACCAUAUGCGAAUCAAUAAACCUCGAAUGUAUUUGGAACCUCAUCACCGGAUGAAAUUAAUAAAGGCGAUUCAUCGGGUUCAGCAAAGCUUACGAAAGAAGAAAUGGCCAAGACUUCCUAUAUACUUGUUCGACAUGCACAGUCCAGAAGGAAAUAUUUAAAGUGUCAUUACUGGGUCAUUAUUUUAGCUUUUUUUGCUUAAUUCCGCUUUCGAUGACCCUUAAUGAUGGUUUCAACUACACAUUAGCCAAAAACUACUUAUUUGAAUCUAUUAAAGUAUUUUUCGGCUACUGUAUUCAUUAGUAGCGUAAAAAUCAGUAGUUUUAGCAUACUUAUUUUUCGAAUUGCCUAAUUAUGCUUUUUUGAUACAUUUUUUGAUAAAUAAUUAGUUUACAUAUCCAUUCAUUUUUUGUAUUUAUUUCUUUAUGUUAAAUUUAUUUCGUAGAACUCAUUGUUAAAAACAAUCCGUUUACGUAAAUUUAAAGUUAUUUUUAACUUUAGUUAAAAAAUAAAGUGUCUUCUCAUCUACAAUAUCCCUAAGGGUAAAAAAAAUUCAAAGUGAUUUUUCUACCCAGGGAGAUUUUGAAGUUUGAGGCUGAUAUUUUUAGUA